AUUGCAGUCAGCAAAUCACUCGUGACGUUCUGUCAAAUUUGUUGGAAGUCAUUCACUGGGCGUCUCGUAACCGCGCGCAGUUUUACCUUCCGCGGAUAAAGUAUUGGUGGUUAUAAACCGGUGGUUGUGAAGCAUGCCUGUGUGAUAAGUAUAUUCUUUAUUGGGUAUUAGUGACAUUUGAUCAAUGAUGUUGGAUAUCAAACCGACGGCCGACUAUCUUAGUCGAAAUUCCACUUUUGGGCAGUUUUCUAUGCUUUUUGACACGUCGUACAAGGGAUCAUGGAGCGCUCACUCGACAUCACAGUCUCAAGGCUACGGAACGAACACUUUGUCUGGAAUGACGAAAGCGUCUUUAGAUCCUCACAGCCACCUCAGACAACCAGAUCCAUAUCAAAUGUUUGGACCUACAAGCAGUCGUUUAGCGAGUUCAGGUUCUGGACAAAUCCAAUUGUGGCAAUUUCUUUUGGAACUACUAAGCGAUUCAUCGAAUGCAGCCUGUAUCACGUGGGAAGGUACAAAUGGAGAGUUCAAACUUACCGAUCCAGAUGAAGUGGCGAGGAGGUGGGGAGAAAGGAAGUCAAAACCGAAUAUGAAUUACGAUAAACUCUCCAGGGCAUUGAGGUAA